UUCAAAAGUAAAAUUUUUGUCGUGUCAGUGUCACGUUUAUGGAGAGAAGCAGGAGAGCUCUUUGGAAUAAGGCAAUAUUAGCAGAUCAGAAUUCGAAUACAAAUUCAAGUGAGAAUCAACCAAAAUCAACGACAAUUGUUAAAUAUGAGAAAUCAUCGUGUCUCUUCUGUAAUGAAUGGUUUGAUGCUCAGACAUUUACGGAACAUUUAAUACACUGCGGCCAGGUGUUGGAGGAGUGUCCAAAUAGCUGCCAGGCCUUUAUUCCCCGCAUACGCAUGCGAUCCCAUUUGAAGGAGUGUCCACGGAAUAAGCAACACAGCCAAAGGAUGAGCGUUAGUAUGGAUCGUCUGGAUCAGCAUGCUGAUCAUCGAUUACAGGUGCUGGAACAGGAUGUUAACACAAUUAGAUCGGUGCUCAAUGAGGAGAUACGCCAACGAUUGCAUCUCAUCACCGAUGUGGGCAACAUACGAAAGCAGAAUCAAGUGGUCGAGGAAUGGACCCGUGACACGGACGAUCAUUUGGGUGGACUGCGUCGUCAAUUGGAGGAGGAAGGUGCCCAACGGGCAUUUGUGGCCGAACAAAAUCAAAUUGAUUUUCAAUAUUGUUGCAAUAUAACUCAGUCGUUGAAAGAUCAAGUUGAGCUAAAAAUGGAUGAUAUACAGAAACAUAUCAAUCAGCUAUCAAUUGACAUAAGUUUUCAUCAAAAUCAAUUGAACGAUAAUAUUCUAAAACUGGAGGAAUUAAUAUUCGAAAAUGAAAGGCUAAAUCGAGAUAAAUUCUUUCAGAUUGAGGAAUUUCUGCAGCAAAUCAAUGAGGAUAUUAAAACCAAAUUGGGGACCACAAAUGAAUAUGCCACAUCGAAACAGGCCACCUUGGAUUAUGAAGUGAAAAAUGUGAAAAAUAUUGUAUGCGAAACAGAGGAACGUUGCGAUAAGAUUGAGACAACGAUACAAGAUCUUGAUAGAGCUCUACAUCAGACAUUGCAGAAUCUAUCGGAUAUUGAGAAUCAAUUGGCCAUGCAACAGCGUAUUUCCAGUGUCCAGAAUACAAGAGGUCACUUGAUAUGGCGCAUUAAGGAUUAUUCCAAGAAAUUGGAUGAAGCAAAACAAUAUGACACCAUAUUGCAUAGUUCGAUGUUCUCGAACAAGGCCUAUGGCUAUGCUUUACGUUUGGACAUCUAUUUGAAUGGCAAAGGCACUUGGAAGGGUCGCAAUUUGAUUGCUUGUUUGAAUGUACUUACUGGCGAAUAUGAUCCAUUGUUGGCAUGGCCAUGUCGUUUGCAAGCGGAGAUUAUUAUACGGGAUCAAAGUGAAAAUCCCCUAGAAACGCAGGACUAUGUAAAGACAAUAUUUGUGCGCAAGAAGAGCGAUGACUUCAUACAGAGUAAUCAGUAUUUUCAUAUACCCCACAAAGUAAUAACAAGUCGAAAUUAUUUGCGUAAUGAUUCACUCUACAUAGAGGUGCGUGUGUUGAAGUGAUUCCCAUUUCUAAAUACUUUUUUUCUCCCACUCCCAUGUCACACACGACGUAACGUAAGUUGGUUUUUGUUUCUUGCUAAUUCAAAGUCUACUUUUAGGAGCGUUCAACAAAAAGAAACGUUUUAUACUUAGUACUUUGACAAAAAGUACUCUGUGACAUAAACAAAAAAGAAGUUACUUAAAGACCAAAAAUAUAAUUAAAAUUUAUGUUUUACUUGGGCUAGCUUUGUGAAAAUGUGCAACAGCCCCCAAAAAUAGGCAACAAACAGCAGCACAUUUGCUUUUAAAUUAAAAUUUAUUGAAAUACACAUAUAUAACUAUAUAAUUGGAAAUAUAAUUGUUUAAAGGCCUUGUUUUCACGGAAAGUAACUAGAAACAUUUAUGUAUUGUAAAAGAGACCUAAAUAGUUUUUAUUUUUUAUUUUGUAUUAUUUUGUAGUUGAAUGUUUUUUAUAUAAACUUGUAUAUUAAAUGCUAUAUAUUGAUU